AUGGCGUUCCGCUUUCCUUCAGCUAGUGAAGAUGUUUCACCACUGGCACAACCGCUACGCUUCGAGUUCAGCCAGAAGGUAGCAUCCAAUCGAUUCUUGAAAGCCUCAAUGACCGAGAAGCUCAGUUCCUGGGAUCCUCAGAAGAAAGAGGCUCGGGGAAUUCCCUCAACAGAGAUACACAACGUGUACCAGCGAUGGGGAGAAGGAGGCCUCGGGCAUAUCUUGACUGGCAAUAUCAUGCUGGCAUAUGACCAACUUGAAGCAGCUGGCAACCUCAUCAUUCCUACAGAUGCUCCAUUCGAGGGACCGCGUUUUGAGGCCUUCGUCAAGCUCGCUUCUGUUGCAAAGGCACAUGGUAGCCUUAUUACUGGACAGGUCACACACCCAGGACGACAAGUCGACCAAAGAAUCCAGCCUAAUCCCGUCUCUGCCAGUGAUAUUCAUCUCCAAGGUAAAGUUCUUGGACUUGAGUUUGCCAAACCUCAUCCUGCUUCCCAGGAAGAGAUAAACGAGAUUGUGCGCAGCUUCACCUUUGCAGCACAGUACCUCCACCGAGCCGGCUUUGACGGUAUUGAGCUGCAAGGUGCUCACGGUUACCUACUUUCUCAGUUUCUCUCGCGAACGACCAACCUCCGGACAGAUGCAUAUGGCGGUAGCCUGAGAAACCGCGCUCGUCUCAUCAUGGAGAUUGCCCAAGCUAUUAGGGCAAAUACACCCUCAGACUUCAUUUUGGGAAUUAAAAUCAAUAGUGUGGAGUUUCAAUCAGGUGGAUUUACAGUGGAAGAAGCAAGAGAGCUCUGCCACAUGCUCGAAGAGGCAACCUUUGACUUUGUUGAACUCAGUGGUGGCACAUACCAGGCAAUGGCUUUCAAGCACCAACGCGAGUCAACAAGAAAACGAGAAGCAUUCUUCCUUGAGUUUGCGGCCAUGAUUGUGCCUGCACUGCACAAGACAAAAACGUACGUUACCGGAGGUUUCAGGACUCUCCAUGGGAUGCUAGAUGCUUUGAAAACGGUGGAUGGUGUCGGUCUUGGUCGGGUGGUCGCACAGGAAUUCAGCCUGAGUAAAGACAUGCUGAAUGGUACCAUCACUGGUGCCAUUGACCCAAAGGUAGAUCAAAAUGACUUUGCUUUGACCAAUAUCAUUGCAGGCAGCCAGAUCCGGCAAGUGGGAAAAGGACAAGAUCCGAUUGAUAUGAGCCGAGAAGAAAAUGUGCAAAUAUUUCUCAAGGCGAUGAGCACCUGGGCUCAACGGAUGGCAGGGGAUGUCCAGACAAUGAAUUUGUACGGCUAUGUUGACUUGGACUUGUAG